ACGUUGACGUUCGUGAACAAUUUGACUGGUGACCGAUGUGCUCAUUUGGUUUAACGUAAAGCGCAUAAACCAGUCUUGCGAACGUUUUUUUCUGAUUUGUCUAGCUGAACUUGGCCCAAGAUUCGUAUAAGGAAACGAGAAGGGAAGUGUACGAGCCACUGAUUUAAGAAUGGGAAAACGUUAUUAUUGCGAGUUUUGUGACAAGCAGUUUGGUGAUAAUCCAUCAAGCAGGAAAAAUCAUUUGACUGGCGUUUAUCACCAACGAAUGAGGAGGCUUUAUUAUGAUUCAUUCAAAGAUCCAGAGGUAAUUCUUGCUGAUGUUGAAAAGGGAAUAUGUCGAGCAUUCCAGAACACAGGUGAAUGUAACUAUGGCGACCGGUGUCAUUACACUCACAUGACCAAUGAGCAUAGAGCUCAGUUACAGCAACAGAUUCAAAAAAAGAGAGAAGCAGAAAAUGCCAAGAAGAAAAGUAAAAGUGAAUUGAAUCCAUCGCUGGAGGCGUGGCUGUCGAAGCGUGUGAAGAAGAUGAAGUCCGAGGAUCCCCGACACUGCAGCCAGUCUGACGGAGACGAUUCCCCGCAGUACAGCCUUCCUCCGAGCCUACUUGGUAUGACCAACAUCCCACCCUCCCUCCUACCCCCACCAGCCAACACGUUCAGUAGUCUGGACAUUCAAGAGUGGGGGUGAUGUUUGAACGAUGGUGUUCCGUUACCCAUCUCAGCCUUGAGAGUGAGAAGUGUGGGGGAAUUGAUGUUUGACUAGUACUGCCCGUCACAGCCUUGGUGAGCAGUGGAAAGCAUGGAGAUGACGUCUCACCAUUGUCAUCUGUAACAACUAGAAGUGGGGAGAAUGGAGUUGACGUUUCACUGUUGUCAUCUGUAACAACUAGAAGUGGGGAGAAUGGGCUUCGAGUGUUCAAACAAAUUUGGUUGAUGUCUCGCAAUUGCUGUCCUUGACAUUUAUAGAGAUAGACAGAGUUUAUUUGUGAUGAAACUCUGACCGAUGGCUCAGAGGUGAAACAUUAAUAUAUCGAUUGUGUUGAACAUGUCACAAUAAGCAGUGAUCACCUGUGUUUAACAGUGAGGGGACGUAAUGGUGACCAAUCAAGCUUAAAAAUAUAUUUAACACUGCAGUCUUAUACUGAUGAAGUUAAUACAUGAAGCACUGAACACUUUCUGAUGCCAGACAUUAAAGGGGUAGCUUGGAUCAAAGUGGAGAAAUGCUACAGAAUAUGGUCAACAUUAAUCAAAUGCCACACAUUUUUUUAAUACAAUCACAUAUUUUGUGAUAUAUAAAUACAUGUAUUCCACAAUUAAUGUUUUUUCUGUUCAUUAAAAUUACUGUUACAC